AUGUCUAGACCCAUUCUUAUUACGGGUGCGACAGGCAAACAAGGCGGAAGUGUCAUCAAUGCCAUCCUCCGGGAAGAUGCCGAUUUUCAAAUCCUCGCAGUCACUCGUGAUGCGUCCUCCAGUGGAGCACAGAAGCUCAAGGCGAAGUCAUCCAAGAUCCAACUCGUGGAAGGUAACUUGGACCGACCAGAGGAAAUCUUCUCCAAUGCAGCAAAGCUCACAUCUCAGCCUAUUUGGGGUGCCUGUGCCUGGUGGCUUCAACACGAUGCUGAAGAAAAACAAGGCAAGGGAUUAGUCGAUUCAGCGCUCAAUAACAACGUUGGACACUUCGUUUACACGUCCGCGGAUAGGGGCGGCGAUGCCUCAAUCGAUAAUCCCACUUCUAUCCCCCACUUUAUCAGCAAGCACAACAUCGAGCAUCACCUUAUCGAACGGGCUAAGGGGACUGGGAUGACAUGGACGAUUCUGCGCCCGACUGCCUUCUUACAAAAUAUGACUCCCGACUUUUUCGGCAAAGUUUUCACCACCUGCUGGAAAAUCGCCGUCAAGGAGAAGCCAUUACAAGUCAUUUCAGUAACCGAUGUUGGCUUCUUCGGCGCACAGGCUUUCCUUCUCUCAGGCGAAUACACAAACAAAUGUCUCUCCUUGGCCGGUGAUGAGCUCACAUUCGCUGAGAUGGAAAAGAUUUUCCGUGCAAAAUGCGGAAGAGAUGUCCCCCUGACAUUCAACUUUGUGAGCCGGAUUUUGAUGUGGAUGUUGAACGAGUUCGGUUACAUGUUCCAGUGGUUCUAUGACUCUGGGUUUCGAGCCGAUAUUCUGGCUCUGAAAAAGGACCGCCCGGAACUACAUAAUUUUAAGUCUUGGCUUGAGAGCGAGAGUGGCUUCGUGACCAAAUGA